AAAAAUAAAAUUUAGUUUUAGUAGAAUAAAUUUUCAAAUUACAACCUAUUUUAGAAUUAAAAUGUUCAAUUACUUCACAAAAUUGGUAGUUUCUUAAAAGAAUCACAAAUGAGGUAACGCAAAAUAUGGUUUCCUAAUAAAAGCACGCAAUUAAAGGUUUUUCCAAGAAAAUACCGCUUAUUGUAAUUAAUUAAUUAGAAGAUGAGAACUGUCGAGAAUAAAACAACUUUUUGUUUGAUAACCGGCAUUGUGAUUGGAUUUACUUUAGCUUUUAUAGUACUAGCUCCGUCUACAGUGUAUAGACCAGCAAACGAAUACUCGAAAAUGUACAAGAGUGGUACGUUAAAAAAAUAUGAUAACGAACCGCCCCCUAUUGAUAAUCACGGUCAUCGCGACAACCACCACGAUUUCCAUAACGAAGAUGAACUAGACGAUGUUGAAGACGUCGGAGAUGUUGGACAACAUGGCGACAACGACACGUUUCAUAAAAUGACGGAUUCGUCUUUAGCCGAAGCUCUAAAAGAAAAGGUUAGGAUACUAUGUUGGGUGAUGACGGGUCCUAGCAACCACGACACCAAAGCUAAACACGUCAAAGCCACGUGGGGGAAAAGAUGCAACAUCCUACUUUUCAUGAGUUCCCAAGCAGAUCCGAACUUGCCCGCUAUUCCCCUAAACGUCAGCGAAGGCAGAGACAACUUGUGGGCGAAAACGAAAGCUGCUUAUAGAUACGUUUACGAAAAUUAUUUCGAUCAAGCCGAUUGGUUUAUGAAAGCGGACGAUGAUACAUACGUAAUCGUGGAAAAUCUGAGAUACAUGCUGCUUUCCGUUAACCCGGAUAUGCCGAUUUAUUACGGAUGUAGAUUCAAACCGUACGUCAAACAAGGGUAUAUGAGCGGCGGGGCGGGGUAUAUACUCAGUAGAGAAGCAGUCAGAAGAUUCAUUGAGUUAGGUUUGCCGAACAAAAAUAAAUGUAGACAAGAUAAUAAUGGGGCUGAAGACGUCGAAAUGGGUAAAUGCCUUGAAUCAGUUGAUGUAAUCGCUGGGGAUUCACGAGACCCGGAAAAUAGAGGGAGAUUUUUCCCUUUUUCACCUGAGCAUCACCUAAUACCUGGUCACGUGGAUAAAUCUUUUUGGUACUGGAGUUACAUUUAUUAUAACGAAACGCCGGGAUUGGAGUGCUGUUCUGACAACGCCAUUUCAUUUCACUAUAUCCGCCCUAACAUGAUGUAUGCUAUGGAAUAUUUGAUCUACCAUUUAAAACCUUUCGGAAUCGCUUAUAAUCCAGUUUUACCUGACGAACUUAAAGGUUUUAUUGCAAGACAGAAGGACGAAAAGAAAAUUAACCAACGAAAAAAACAACAAAAGCAAUGAAAAAAUGUGAUAUUAAGUAAUUAAAGCAAACAAAUUUUGUUACGAUUAGGAAAA